AUGGACCUCGUAAACGAUCUCGUGCUGACUCCUUUCAAGGAGAUUGUCGAGAAGGGAAAGACCGCGCGAGAAAAUGCCGCCGACGAUCAUCCCGCCAUGCACAAGGCCAGCCAGGCCCUCGUGAGGGAAGGCGAGCGCGCACUCAAGAAAAUCGAGCCUUUGUGCAAGAAACAUGUCGAGGAAUAUGGUUCCAAUUUUUUGGACGCUUUAAAGGAGAAUGAUGAGAUCGCCCAGUACCGCGCUGAUCUCAAUGAUCUCCUAUGGGAAUUUGACGACUUUAUCGAGAUUGAUGAGUUCGACCCCGAGAAGUUCUCUGAACUACAGGCCAUGUCACGGAAAGCGGCGCCGCGCAUCUACGACAUCAUCAUGAGAAUGAGGCUAGAGCCAGUGCCCAAGGACGAGAAUACAGUGCAGACCCCGAUAUCUGAGAAAGAAGACGCCAGGGCAACCAUCCCUACGCCGCCCCCUUCCGCCAUAGGGUUUGCACCACCCCCACCGCCCAUUCCUGUGAACACCGCCCUUAAACGAGGACGGUCGGCGGCAUCCGCUCCCUCGGCCCCGACAACUCCGCUUCCCACACCCCCGCCGCGGAGAUCCCUGCCCACCCCGAUCACGAGUGACAGAGUUCAAAUCCCGGUCCCACCAUUGCCGCCGAAUUUGAACCCGUGGGAUGUCAAGACAAAGCCUCCGAUGAACCACAUCGCUCAAGCUAUAAAGAAUGGCGUCCAGGUCCCUGAGCGUAGGCGGCCUAUUGUGACCAAUUCUAGUGAGAUAGUUCUCCCUCUCAUGACGGAUAAUAUUUCGAAACGUGAGAGUCAAAGAAGUUCCCAAGCGCUAUCUCCGACCGAUUCUCAAUACUCGUUCCAACCGCCGAAUGAAUCUCCAACUCUGGGCACUGCAUUGCCAGCGAUACCUCUCCACGGGAGAGCGAGAGUUAUGGGCUUUCCGCCCUCGGUCAACCGCGUCGUCACUCAAUCCAUCCCGGAGCACUCGCCUGUGAACGGGAAUAUGCACCACACACCACAGACUCAGGCCUGGGAUAAACCAUCCCACUUGAGCUUGUCAUCCAAUGCCGACCUACCACGGCAACAGUCGGUGGAUUCAUUCCGUAGCUCCUACGGCGCUGCUUCGUCCUCCGGCGGGGAUAGUCGCGCUUCGGCGCUUUCUGCUAACGACGGUUCAUCCAUCGGAAGCCCCAUUUUGGGGCAAGCCGGCGCUCCUGUGACACCCGCCACACCUCGAGACUCAGCGGUGGAAUCUCUCCCAGUCAUUACGCAAGAUGACGAUGGUCUCAUCCCUGUUGAGACGGAAGGGCCGAACUCGAAGCCGGCGCUACCUGGCAUUGCCAGACGUGACACCUCGGUUACACUUGCCAGCUCCUUCUAUCAGCUCAAGGGAUUCUGCGAGGGUGCCAAGGAGGUUCUUAGGGGCGAAUUGGGUGUGAAAAAGGUCAAGAAGCCGUCAUUUAGCGGAUCGCAACUAACGGCCAAGUGCACACACUGUUUCUACGAGUUGGAUUGGAAGGAAAUCGAGAUGGAUAUCAACCACAGUGCCGAUGCGAACUUUGCCAUUGGCAAAGUUGGAUUCCGCAUUCGAUUCUUGCAGAAGAGCCAUCUUGCUACGAGGAGAGCAGACGAGCCUCUCUAUGCUUGCGUCUUCUGUAUCCAAGAAGGACGCACUCCUCAUGAUGGCGAUGCAACUGUCUUUUUCUCUCAAAAGGAAUUGUGUGAGCAUAUCUCCCGCCAUCCUCGGCCACUGCCCAACGUUCCCGGCGUGACGGUGGUGGAGGAAGCCACGAUCCCUCCUGCUAUCCGUAGCAGCUAUGAUCUCCACCUCAAGGGUGAGGUGGAAGAAUCUAUCGUGGACGAGAAACUGGCAGAGAUUUACAAGCUUCCAGUAGCAACGGCGAAGGAGAUGGUGAAGAAGAUGUAUGGCAUGAGGCUCCUCCAUGACCGCACGCCGGCGUUCGAGUUGGCUCCCGGAGCGCGCAUUGUCGGGGUCAGCUUCCCAGACAAAUACCACGGUGAGUGGUGCAUGGGCUACCACGACGGAAGGUACGCAUCGUUCCCAUUUGAAGUGGCAAAGCUGGAAGCGCCGCCGCCUCAUGAGCUUCGUAUGGGAGGUACGAGCAAUGUGAAGGGUGUAGCCAAGUGGAAAUUCAAUACCAAGGACAAGGGCAAGGCGGAAUGGCUCAAGUUUGAAAAGGGGGACGUGAUUAGCAACAUCAGCUGGAGCGAAUGGGAUCACUGGUGCUGGUCCGGCACAAACGCCAAAGGCAAAUGGGGAAUCUUCCCCAAGUCUCAUAUUGACUUGACUUCGGUUAGAGAAGGUGAUGAUGGGUCUGACCGAUCUAGCAUCAUCAGUGGCGGUACCACUAAGACCCGCGUCCUCGGACGGUUCUCGUCCAGGAGGUCGGAUACAAGGUCAGAUACACGUCCAGACACGCCCUCGGCCAAGAGCUUCGGGCCAGCUUUGGCGGGCUUCCAUGCCUAG